CAUCCAUUUGUCCGUCCGUCCGCCCGUCCGUCUCUCCAGCAUGUCGCUGAAGGUCCAGACCAGCAACGUGACCAACAAGACCGACCCAAAGUCCAUCAACUCGCGGGUGUUUAUCGGCAACCUCAACACGGCGGUGGUGAAGAAGUCGGACGUGGAGAGCAUCUUCUCCAAGUACGGCCGGGUGCUCGGCUGCUCCGUCCACAAGGGCUACGCCUUCGUCCAGUAUGCCAGCGAGCGGCACGCCCGGGGCGCCGUCAUCGGGGAGAACGGCAGAGUGCUGGCCGGACAGACGCUGGAUAUCAACAUGGCAGGAGAGCCGAGGCCCAACAGACCCAAAGGCCUGAAGCGAUCGGCGGCUUCCCUCUACAGUGGCUAUGAGUUUGACUACGACUACUACAGAGAAGACUUCUACGACAGGUUGUUUGAGUACCGUGGCAGGGUGUCACCGGUCCCCCGGGUGCUGCCGGUGAAGCGUCCACGGGUGCCGGUGCCUCUGGUGCGUCGAGUCAAAUCACUGCCUGUCAAACUGCUGACGCGCAACGCCUCCGUCCUCCCCAGCAACAACAAACAGAGACUGAAGGGCACAGAGCUUCAGACCAUCAAGUCAGAGUUGACUCAGAUUAAAGCGAACAUCGAGGCUUUACUGGGAAGACUGGAGCAGAUCACAGAAGACACACACAUCACUGCCACAGAGCUGAGGAAGGCGGAGGAGUGUAAGGGCGAGGAGGCGUGGCCGGAGGACGAGUCAAGCUCGGAGCAGGACGACGAGGAUGAGCAGAGACAGAACAGCGAGGCCGAGGACGAGGAGGAAGAGGAGGAGGAGGAAGAGCACACACAGGACGGCACCCACGACCACAUGGAGAACAGUCGCCUAUCAUCAGAGAUGGACUCCAGUCACCCAUGAGAGGCAGUGUGGACCGAGGAGCGCGAGAGACAGAGGACAGAGAGAAAGAGGGAGAGAGAGAGAGAGAGAUAAAUUGUCAGGAAGCCGGUUAACAGGACAAGAAGGCCGUCAAACAGCAGGGAUCCUGGCGCACACACACACACAUACACACACACAGACACACACACACACACAGGCACACACAUGGAGGCUUGACGUUGUGUCAAAGCCACAGGAAGACUACUAAAACAGCAGGGAGCUGUCAGAACACAUCAUAAACUGAGUGAAGGUACACACUCACACACACACACACACACACACACACACACACACACUCAAACAGUGAAUACACACACUAAAUACGAGCAGACUUGCAGACAGGCAUUCAUAGAGUACACACAGGAAAGACAGACUAAUGUCAAGUUCCAUACACAUUUUCACACACACACACACACACACACACACACACAGAGCUGACAGCGACUGUAAGGACAGACGACGUUCCGGACCUCAUGCGUGUCUAUGGGGACACACGACACUGUACGCAACUGAACAGGCAACACGUUGAGGCAGCGCAGGUUGCUGUUGCUGAACGACAAAGUUCCUGGAAGGAAAACAAAGAAUGAAGAAGGAGAUGAUGAUGAGGAUGAUGAGGAUGAUGAUGAUGAUGAUGAUGAUGAUGAUGGUGUUCUGUACUUCGGUCAGGAUGAUGUAACAUGUCAAAAUGAAAUGCGAUGCCGGUCCAGCUGGGGUGAAACUGUAAUAAAAUCUGUCGUUUUCGCAUUAAGCAGUCAUUAUUAUUUCAUAAGCGGCGCGCCAUUUCUCAUGAUGUAAUGACAAAUGAAACAAAGGAAGCGAGAGGGAACAU